AUCAUUGCAUUCUACAUGUAUAAUGACUACUUGUACUGACUCCGGCGAUGUGCCGGCAUACACCUUACAGCCGCUUCUACAGCAUCGAAGCGCUCCUAUUGAGUGGAAGCAGUUCCAGCUGUUUCUGUCAUGGUUAAUGAGCAAUGCCGCACGGACUAAAUGCCCAUUGAACUUACGGCAGGGAAGGCCACGAUCACAUCAUAACGUGUUAGUGGCGGUGCCAUACCUCGAUGCCGAUUACUUAAUGGACGACCUGGAUGCACUAUCAAUUAUAUUCCGUGGUACUCAGGGAAGUAAUUUGAAUCGUCUCUGCAAUCCACGCAUAAGUGACGACAGUGUAUCAUGUAACAUUAUAAAAAGAUUGUUACUUAUGGAAAAAAUAAAUACCGAUUCUGUUCCUCGAUCCAUAAGAGCAUUCACCUUGGGUCGUGCCGAGUUACGGCAUACGGAAGGCUGGGAUUUUAUUUUUGAAAACGCCAUUAUUACACCUUCAGAUAGUAGUACCGCCGUAUCUAAUAUAGUCACAGAAAGUGUAACUGAGGAGCAGUUUUUUGCCAUAUUGAUGGCUAACGUAACUCGAUCACGUCGUAUUUGUAAAAAUAGGGAUGAACUUACAGAGGAUAUAGAACACUAUAUAGCUUCAGAAUUCACUUCAAUUCUAGAUUCCACUUGUAAAGAUGACGAUUAUACACAGAGUAACGAUAUAGAAAAGGCUGAAAACAGUAGCAACACGCAAGAAGCUACUGGUUCUCAUAAUAUACCAAGCCACUUUGACAAAGAGUUAAUCCGUAAGUAUGCAGCUACCGCCUAUAAACUAAAAGAUGAUUGUGACUUUGGCAGGACUUUCGCAAUUGAUUGCGAAAUGGUUACGGCUGGCGGGGUGACUGCACUGGCAAGGAUUACCAUAGUCGACAGCUUGCUCAAUACGGUGUUUGAUGCUUUGGUUAAACCAGAAGGUGAUAUCCAGGACUACCGAACCCCUUAUUCCGGCAUAACUGCAGAAUCCCUUGAGGACGUGACAAUACGACUUUCGGAUAUCCAGGAAUGUCUCAAUAUGCUAAUUGGACCUGAUACUAUAUUAGUGGGACACUCACUCGAUAAUGACCUAAAAGCUUGCGAAAUCGCACAUUUUAACGUAUUGGACACUGCACUGCAGUAUAUCGCACCUCGCCGUCACAACAAACCAUCAUUAAAGUCUUUGGUAAAACAACAUAUAGGAAUAGAGCUUGUACGUGACAGUGGACAUGAUUCGUACGUAGAUGCAUCGACUACCAUGUUCUUAGCCAUGGAAGGUGUUAUGACCCUGACACCUGGCGUACGUACCCUAGUUGAUAUAUUGGACCCGCGUGCCUGCGGUCUAAUGGAAGAUGCUGAGAUUCUUUCAACAUCGCAGGUGCAUCUAUACGAUCCUAUGGCAAGUGAUUACCAAAGUAUAUUACCACCAUCGAUUAUACUGGAGCCUACAGACAGCGACGCUGCCAGUGUGAAUGCUUUCAGCGCGUUUUUACGCGAUAAGGAUGCAGCUGAACCGUCUAAUCACAUAAUAGUCUUACGUGACUUCCAGAAACUAUGUUACCGCAAGGUCUUCGAGGGUCCCAAAAAUGAGGAAUCAUGCUGUUUAAUCAAGAGGGUUAACCCAAAGGCCGUUUGCUCAUAUCUGAAGCAAUUGGGAUCAACACUCGAAAGCCUGGCAUCGAUGCUUGAUCAUGAAGAUAUCAUGCUUGUAUCCAACCUUAGUGGUGACUGCUGCAAAGUCGACAUUCUAUCCAUAGCAAUGUAUCCAGCCAACUUCCGACGUAUGAAGCGCCUUAAACGCAUGCUGUGUCGAAUGUACGCAAUUGGCCACGGACUACCGGUACCAAGUUCCGUCUCCUCGGAUGAAGAUAUACCCGAAGAGGUCACUAAUCUGUACCGUAGAUCCCAGGGUAUUAUGUUAGAAACAUUACGCAGUGACCAUGAAACCGCAGUUCGUGACCGUGGAAACAGCUGGGUAGCAAUGCUCUCCAAGCAGGUAUCAAACAAACGUGGUCACGGUCAAUAGUAACUAC